AUGUACAGAUCAGAAAUUCUCGCCGCCCUUGAAAAGCUUCGAAUCUCCAUCUACAGCCUGCAAUCUUCCUUCGAGGCAAAUUUUCUGGCCACCAACAAGUUUCCUCAAGCUACUGCUCCAGAUGUGUGUUGGUCUCCAUCCUCUUCGCCACCACCCCCAAACGUGCCGCCUUCACUUCCAAUACUGCCAACACCACCGCCACUGUACCUCGGGCACACCCUUGCCACAUGGUCGUUCUCACCGCACUUGAAGCAACCGCUGCCGCUGUCAACACCACCGCCGCUGCCACCGCUAGUUCUCCAACCUCCGCUGCAGAUACCUCCUGAUGUACUGCCUUCACUCACAAUGCCACCAACACCACCAUCGAUAACUACUUCGGUGAGUCCUCCGCCAAUUCUUGGCAGUCGAUUUUGGUUACUCGUCGGUUCUAAGGAUGAGAUUGUGGUCGAUGUUUUUGGACCCAUAUUUGAUGCUAUUGCGAAAGUUUUAACCGCCGGCGUCUCUAGUUUUUACCGGUCCAUGGCUGUUUUUGCCGGUCAAGAGGUUCGGCUAGAUGGUGAACCGCCGCCGGAUCCGUUAGGCGUAUCCAGCCGAUCAGUUCUUGAGUUAGUUUGCUGGAACUUUUGUCGAGCACGUGGUGGGCAUAAAUGUAUCAAGCUUUCCAAUCAGUUCACCUUGCGGACAAGGUGA